AUGAAUUCUGGUGAUUGGGACAGGCAAGGAGAGGGAGGUAAUGGGGCAAGGUAUAAAGGAGAGGCAGGUGAUGAAAUGCUUUUGGUGUUCGAACUUUCCAUAGCCUCCCAGGCGCAUUUGGUAGAUCGCCGAAGCUUCAAAUCCGCGAAUCUCUUCACAUCACACACUGAGCUUUUCCUUCUACCAGUCUCACUCAAACUGCCGGAAAUGCAAGCGAGAAUGAAGCAGCCAACUAUGUGGCGCUCCCAGCCCGGUGUUCAGUUCAGCCUUCACACUUCUUCGCCAUUAUUCGAGGCUUGUGGUGUUGAAAUCUUCCAUCCCUUCUGCAUCGCUUGUCGAGAGCGUUCUGAGCGAGCAUCCCGCUCUGCUGUAGCCUCACCCGAGCCAUUCCUUUCGCUUCUCAGAUGGCUUUGUUGUUGCCUUCUCCGAUGCGGAGGCGUUUGGUCCUUUCCGCGCUUUUGGCUUCAUGCAGCUGCGCCAUCUUCAUUUGCUGAGGAGCGCGAGAUAGACUCAACGCCAACCUGCUUUGGAGCGUACACACAAACACCUGGACGCGGGAAAAGAUCUGGGUCGAUAAGGAUUGUAGAAAGCCUCGUUGACCUGGAUGAAGUCAGCCCGGACAAGACAACCAUCGCCGCAGAUCAGGGUGCCGAUGAAGACGACACAGGCUUCAAUGCAUGGCACAUCAUUGCCGGAUCCAACCCAUGCAUCCAAGGCGGGAUUCACGCAGUACAGCUCACGGAGUCAGCACACGUGCCGCCUUGGUCCAAGGAAAUGCAUCUCGAAGCCCCACUCGCUAAGCUGGAUGAAAUUCCCAACAUGGCCUCCAAGAAGCUUGAAGAUCAGCACAAGAAACAGGCAGAGAACUGCGAGAAACACUCCUUACUACCUUCAUCAACCACUUGGCGCUCUACUACAGCCUGCUUACCCUUCUUAGGUCGAACAGUCAUCAUCCGUUCAAGAGGAAGCAUUGGCAGAAGACAGAAAAUCAUCGACAGCAAGUUUAGGAGAAGAAGCGAGAAAAGUCCGUGUCAGAACAAGCUUGCUUGCCCCCUGCCUAGUCGAAGCAUUUCAGAGAUUCCUCCCAUCCCGAACCUCUAA